GCCCCGCGUUUCUAUGCCCUAUCGUAUACCUGGGGCACUGAUGAGGCCACCGAAUCCAUAUUAUGCAACGGACUCGCUAUGCAGAUCAAAGCUAAUCUGCACGAUGCUAUUCGCACACUAUUCAAUCCACCUAUGAGUCUCGACCUCCCUAUUUGGAUCGAUGCGGUCUGUAUCAACCAACACGAUGACGAGGAGAAAGCCGUCCAAGUGAGCCGGAUGGGGGAUAUCUAUCGGAAAGCAUACCAGGUUGUGGCUUGGCUUGGUCCAUCGGGACAGGAUAGUGAUCUCGCUAUGGAUUGGUUUGAACGGCUGAGCGUAGCUUUGCCACGAAUCCAAUUUCCACCUUGGCCUCCCGAGUUUGGAAAAUAUGGGCUUCCUGAAGCAGACGGUACAGUAUGGCCAGCCAUUGGCUACCUCUUUCGCCGGCCAUGGUUUGGGCGUCUCUGGACCUUUCAGGAGGCCGUGCUGGCAUCGGAUCUUCUAAUG